AGAAUAUAAUUGAUAACCUCAAAAAUUUGAAAUAUGAAGAUGUGGAAAUAUGCUUUUUAAGAAUAUUUUAUUAUUCAUUCCGAAAAGAUUCGUUCACAAAUACUUACUCAAAAUGGACAAGGCUUACUUUCGUAAACUAGAAGACCUGCAGCAAUUCAGUUUCACUUUUCAAUAUGAAAAUGCAGAGUUAAAGGUAAAUAGGCAAUUCAAUUUUGUCAGGCAGAUUUCUGAACCUUUAUCUGCCUUUCUGACAAGACUUGAAACCAACGUCGACAAAGUCAUCAAGAAGAAAAACAAGAAAAAAGACCCUACAACUAUACCAUCUAAUUUAAAUAUAGGAUUCACAGUUAACGGGAUGAAUGUUCAGAAUGGCACUUGCGAAGAAAUUUUUACCCUAACUAACGCAGUGCAACUGAGGAUUUUGGAUAAAGUAUUCGAUGUUAUCAUCAAUUCUCCAUGGAUUGAUUCUUUAGGUAUUCCUUCGUCGAUAUUGGCUGGCUUCCCAACAUAUCCAAACAAAUUUGAAGCUUAUAACACUGAUUCAAAAGAAUCUGAUUUCAUUUGGUAUACAUCGAAAGAUGGUAAAACUUGGUCAGAGCAAGCCAAAGGUUUCAUGUUCACUCCAGGUAAUGAUUUAAUUGAUUGUUACUUGAAGUUGUCCUGUACUCCGAGGCAUAAGUCUUUGGAAGGACCAACUGUUGAGGUAGAAUGCAAUGCCAAAAUACAAGCUGGUCCAGGAAAUUGCCCAUUUGAAACAAGACAUCAAUUUACUAAGAAUAAAACACCAGGAAAUGGUAUUCGAGUGGUGACUUACAAUAUUUUAGCAGAUCUAUAUUGUGAUUCCGAUUACACAAGGGAUGUCUUGCACCCUUAUUGCCCAGCUUAUGCUUUGCAAUUGGAUUAUAGAAAACAGCUGAUUUUGAAGGAGUUACUGGGCUAUAAUGCUGACAUAAUAUGUCUUCAGGAGGUUGACAGGAAAGUAUACAAUCAUGACCUGACACCUUUCUUUUCUCGUCUUGGAUUUGAGGGAGAUUACGCAAUCAAAGGAGGAGAAGUGGCUGAAGGUGUUGCUUGCUUUUUUAGUUUAGAGAAAUUCGUGAAAUUAGAGAGCAGUAGGGUUGUGUUUUCUGAGCACCUAGAUAAAGAUCCAAUUUAUUCUCAAAUUUGGGAGAAAAUCUCUGCAAAUGAACCACUAGUAACUAGGAUAAUGGAUUUAAAGAGUACCCUUCAAACUGUGUUACUUCAAUCGAAGGUCAUGGAAAAUGAACUCGUACUUCUUGCUAACACUCACCUUUAUUUCCAUCCUGAUGCAGAUCACAUCAGACUGAUACAGGGUGGUUUAGCUAUUACUUACAUUCAAAGUUGUUUAGACAAUUUUAAAAGCAAGUAUCCUGAUAGGAGGAUCUCCGUGAUAUUUUGUGGGGAUUUCAAUAGUGUUCCCGAGUGUGGAAUUUUCAAGCUAUACACCACUGGAUUUGUUCCAGAUGAUUUUAUAGAUUUCAGUAGCAAUAAAGACGAAGAAGUAAAAAAUCUGGAACUCCGACAAAAUAUACCGUUAGACAGCGCCUGUGGGACGCCACAGUACACCAAUUUCACUAGUGGUUUCGCAGAUUGUCUGGACUACAUUUUCUACCAGAAAACCAACCUUAAAGUAACUCAAGUGGUACCCCUGCCUAGUAACGAAGAAUUAACGCAACACACAGCUUUGCCUAGUAUUGUUGCACCAUCUGAUCAUGUAGCCUUGAUAUCCGAUUUGGAGUGGAUAUGACGUUAAUUUAAAGCCAAAUAUAGAUGCAUUUAAACAUCA